AAAAUCUAAUCAACACUAUCUUCGAUGAUGUUUAUCCUUUGUUUUAUUAUUUCUUUAUCUCACCUAUCUGAACUGAUUGAUUAACCGCUUUUAUCUUAAAUGAUGCAAUUUUUUUUUCUGCCUGAUUUAAAAGAUACAGUUACCCGCGAAUUUUAUAUUUAUAUAAAUACACACGAACAUUUCGCCCCAUUCGAUAUUUUUCAUUUUUUCAUAUUUCGCUACAAUGGUUUCUUCGGCAGUUACUUCGCAUAUUACGAAUAAUGUCUCCAAUGGAACUACUAAGCAUACUCGCAUAAUCAACGUUACCCAUAUGAUCCCUUAUACACCAGUACUUGAAUCCGUUGAAGAAAAGCCUUCCAUUUCAUAUAAUUGGAGCUUGAAGCAAAGAAGGGGUCACUCUACUCUUUAUUCUGGUCUAAAGUCUUUAAAUUCUAAAUGGGAAAAUCACUAUGUAGGUUACGUAGGAACAAUACUUGAUAAGGAAGAAAAACCGGUUGAGUACAGCAGUAUUUCAGAAGAGCUUAAACAAUCUUUAAAAGAGCAUUUAUUGAAAGAAAGUAUUUCUCCACUGUUUCUUGAAGAUACAGAACAUCAUGGUCAUUAUGAUGGAUACUGCAAACAUGUACUAUGGCCAUUGUUCCACUAUAUACUAUGGGAUACUGUUACUGAUGGUCGCAAGGAAAAAACGUAUUGGGAACAAUAUGUUAAAGUAAAUCAAAUAUUUACUGACACAAUUGUUAAUAUCUACAAGCCGGGAGAUUUAGUAUGGAUCCAUGACUAUCACCUUUUGCUUGUACCUCAAAUGUUACGAGAAAGACUCCCCGAUGCUGCGAUUGGUUUGUUCAUUCAUGCACCAUUUCCUAGCUCGGAAAUUUUUAGGUGUCUACCGAAGAGAAAGGAAAUUUUAAAUGGAAUGCUGGGUGCAAAUCAAAUCGGAUUCCAGACAUAUUCAUACUCGAGGCACUUUAUCAGCAACUGCACACGUAUUUUGGGCUAUGAAACAACACCAAAUGGAGUUGAUUUUGAGGGUUCACUCGUAUCUAUCGGUACUUUCCCUAUUGGGAUUGAUGUUGAAAGAGUUGAAGCCCAAAGGAAACAUUCUGAUGUUGCACCAAAAAUGGCAACGAUCAGAGAAAUGUAUGCAGAUAAAAAGAUUAUUGUUGGCAGAGACAAAUUAGAUUCGGUUAAAGGCGUUAUUCAAAAGCUACAUUCUUUCGAAAAGUUUUUAGAAGAAUAUCCUGAAUGGCGGGGAAAUGUUGUUUUAAUACAAGUUACUUCACCAGCUCAAAUUGAAUCACAAAAAUUAGAGAAAAAAUUGUCAGAACUUAUUUCUCAUAUAAAUGGCACGUAUGGUUCUCUCGAGUUUACACCCGUCCACCAUUAUCAUAAUCAUAUAGAUCAAGAUGAAUAUUUCGCACUUUUAAGUGUUGCAGAUAUUGGUCUUAUUACUUCUAUACGUGAUGGGAUGAAUACAACAUCCCUUGAAUAUAUUAUGUGCCAGCAGGAAAAUCAUGGCCCACUUAUAUUGAGUGAGUUCACAGGAAUGGCAGGAUCUUUAGGUGCUGCUAUAAUGGUAAACCCUUGGGAUUACAGUGGAGUAGCAAAAGCCAUCAAUGAUGCCCUGAAUUUGCCUGCAGAAGAAAAAAAAUUUAAGCAUAUGCAAUUAUAUAAACAAGUUACUAAUCACACAGCUCAAUCUUGGGCAGAUUCUUUUGUCAAAGAGCUAAUUGUAAGUUUAAACAACAAAGAUCAGUCGAAUGUCACUCCAUAUCUCGAUUUCAAAUACUUACAAAAGAAAUACAAGGCUGCUAAAAAGCGAUUAUUAUUAUUCGAUUACGAUGGUACAUUAACACCGAUUGUAAAAAUUCCAAGUGCAGCGGUUCCUCCAUCUAACUUGCUUGAGGCAUUAGGAGCACUUACUAGUGAUCCUAAUAAUUCAGUUUGGAUCGUUUCUGGGCGUGAUCUAACUGCAUUAGAAACUUGGCUUGGUUCUGUUAAGGGACUUGGUUUCAGCGCAGAACAUGGAAGUUUCCUUAAGAAUCCAGACUCUGAUAAAUGGAUUAAUCUUACAGAAGAUGUUGAUAUGAGCUGGAAGAAUGAUGUAACGGAGAUUUUUACAUAUUACACUGAAAGAACACAAGGGUCUUUCAUUGAACACAAACGGUCCUCUAUUACAUGGCAUUACCGGCAGGCAGAUCCUGAGUAUGGUGCAUUUCAAGCUAAAGAAUGUCAAAACCAUUUGCAAAGUGCAAUUCUUCCAAAAUUACCAGUAGAAGUCUUAUUAGGAAAGAAAAACUUGGAGGUCAGACCAACAUCAUUUAAUAAGGGAGAGAUAGUAAAACGGUUAUUGAUAUCUCAUCCGGAUGCAGAUUUUGUAUUCUGUGCUGGAGAUGAUCGAACCGAUGAAGAUAUGUUUAGAGCAUUGAGAAGAUCAGAGUUAUCAAGUGAUACCUAUUUCUGUACAACAAUCGGUGCAUCUAAUAAGAAGACGAUGGCCGGAUGGCAUGUGAAUUCACCUGAAGAACUAAUUCGGUUUAUGCAGAAGCUGAACGAAUGAAUUAAUGAUUUUUAUGGUAAUCUAAUAACAUUAAUGCAGAAAUGACAAUUUAAUAUAGCACACAAAUUUGUGUAAUUAUUUAACAUUUUGUUAGAAAAUAGUAUUAUAAAUAAUUAUUUAAGAAUGAAUGAAUCAAAUUAAUUUGUAUAGCAAAUUAAUUAAUAAUAUUAAA